AUGUUCCCCGACGAGCUCAAGGGCCUGACGCCGGUCGAAGAAAAGCUCAUCUCGCUGAACUCGUGUUAUGGCUUUGUGACGAGGUAUAGCAUUCCGGGCGGGCAGCGGCAGGCUGUGAGGUAUCCGAGACACGUCAAGGGCCACAUCACGGUGUUCCCAAACAACGUGCAGGAGCUGGCGAGAAAGGUGCUCCCGCACCCGCUCUUGCAAACAAUGGACGAGAUCCAUGUCUCGUGGCAGGGCGCGGAGAAGCCAGCACCGAGCGACUUGUCGGGUCUCUUAUCGGUGAGGCGUCAAGUCGUCGAGAGAGCGCUUGUCUGGUUGAAGAAGAACAAUCCCCAUUACGCCGACAUUGAGAUCGACAAGGCGGAAAUGGAUAGUUGGGGAACCCCGUCGCACGGCGUGCCGUCGAUAGUGUACGGACGCAUGGAGCGGAACGAACCGUCUGCGUGGGAGAAGACGCGAACGGCACAGGUUGUGCCGCCCGCAGAGCGGGCCAUGGACGACGAUGGUCCGGCAGAGAUCGAGGAAGUCCUUGCUCGGCUCCGCCAGGGACAAGACCCCGAAGACGGGGCCAAAAUGAUCAACGAGAUAACCUCUUCCGGCAUGUUUGCGUUGGACGGACCGCCGGGCGUGUCGGAUGCGGAGAAGGUCCGCUUUGCUUGCAAUGCCGUGGGCGGCGACGGGGCCGAGGACGACCGGCCGGGCCCGAGGGCAUGGAUAAGGUCGGCGGGGGCGGGUCGAGGGGUCGGAGACGAGACGGCCGCGCGAGAUCUCCUGUCGUCUCGGAACAUGAGCCUUCGGACGUGGGCCGGCAUCGUGCUGCGGCGCCAUGGUGGCCGAUUCGCGACGCAUGCCAUCUUCUCGUUUCUCGUUUUCAACAUGGACGUGCGGUCGAGGAAUCGUCGUGUCAGCAUGCUCAGCGUGACGCGGAAGAACUUCCCCGAGGUAGAGCGCAUCGUACAGUCGCUGACCGCAGAUAGGUUGGCGGCGGCCAGGCUGGAGUUGGAGAGCCUGGGCAAGACCACCGAUGAUGGCGUGAAGGAGCUCCUAAGAUGCCUUUCGCUAUACGGCUACCGGCAGCCCAUGUCGAGGGAACUCCGUCUGAGCAUGCGACGCAAGAUCCAGUCACUCAUCUUGUGUCGUGGCGUGCCUGCAAUAUGGUUCACGCUCAACCCGAACGACAUCACGAACCCGGUGAAGCUGAGACUGGCGGCGUACCGCACACGUGAUCCUGAAGCGGCCGAGGCAUUUCUGAGAAGCCUCGACAUGGCAUUCAAACGGAACGCGCAUCUAAGCUCGAUGCUUGUCGAUAUCCACGGCGAGGAUCAAGCGGCAUACCGAGAACGCAUCGUCAGAUACGUCGACAGCGUCUUUUCCGAGGAUCUCGACCAGGAAGGUUUCUGCGCAAUCCAGGCAGAGCGAUCGGUGACGUUAGAUAUAUCGCAAUUGCUAGGCGAUGAACGGCAAUUCUCAGCCUCGUUCGACGAAGAAGCGAACUUCUGUGCCGGCGCGACGCAAAUCCAUACCCAUAGCCCGACCUGUGUCAAGUACUCGCUGGGAAAAAGGGGGCGCAAGGGUGAUUUAUGCCGCUUCAAGGCGCCAUGGGGACUGGUCGACGAGACGGCCUUCACGGGAGACGGCGUGCUGCGGAUUCGGAGGUCGCACAGCAUGGUGAAUCGGUGGAACAAGGCGAUUGCCGUGGGGCUUCGCCACAACCAUGACAUAUCCUUCAUCGCCACACAGCGCAAGACCAUGGCCCUCGUCUUUACGUCACCAACUAUGCGACCAAGAGCAGGCGACGAAAUGGCCGACGGCGCGGAGGUUCGUGGAGGCGAAGGUGCCGGGGACGAUGGCAGGCAAAAUAAGACACGAAAAUUCUUAAUGAAGGUGGCGAAUCGCGUGUUUACGGAGAGGCCGUUAUCUACCUGGGCGUUCCUGAACGUUUCGGUGCUCUACUGGCACGUCUUCCGACAAUGGCCGCACCUUCGACGAGAAAGCGGCGCGGCCACUGCAGAUGGUUCCGUGGACGAGUCAAUACUCGUCGAGGAAGCAGGCCAGAGGAUUUGCCGCGUCGAGGCAUAUCGUCACCGGGGAGAUGUCCUUCGAGGGCUAUGUCUCUACGAUUACAUUUCGCUAGUCAGGCUGAAGCGCAACGACGGGGACGAGGCCCGCCGCCUGGGGCGAGGUCCCGCUUGA